AUGGCCGCCAUCAAGAGUCAAGAGGCGUUGGAGGAUGCGGAGCAAUAUGAUUAUACUGAGGAAGGAUAUGAAGACGAAUACGAGACAGACGACGGUUUGGAUUCGUUUGUAAACUUUGCGCUUUUGAGCAAUAUCGCUGUCUGGCUGAGGGACAAGGUGCCGAGGGGAACGCAUGUCAAGGGUAGUAUUCCAUAUCCACGAGCUUUCACUGGGAAAGAUAUUGUGUCCGCACUUCGGUCGCAAAUCCAUCACGAGCUCCUCAUCAAUCAAGGGGUUGCCACAGGAGACCGACAUAUCGCUCUACAAGUCGCUCGAAGCCUGCAGCAACAACUCUUCUUCUAUGAAGUCGAAUGGGGCGGCCGUGUUUUGCAAGAUGGCGUCGAGGAUGUCUACAUGUUCCUCGACGAUCAGGAGGGAGGGGCAGAGGCCGUGCCGGAGCGGGAGGAGCUACCGACGAGCGUCAUCACUGUUCUUACUAGGUGUUACUCUCCGAGCUGUCAAGAUGGUGCACCAUGCUACUCAUUCGCGUGCCCUCGCAGGCCAAGGAAUGCUCACCACGAGGGCAACAUUUCUGACACAAUCAAUACACUGCAGGAUGGAGAAUGGCCAAACGGCAUUGAUCCCGAUGUUCUCAAAUCUUUACCUGAAAGCGAAAUCAAUCGCCAAUCGAUCAUCCACAAGCUCAUCAGCAAGGAAGCCCAGUUCAUUCGCGACAUCGAUCUGAUCGAAAGCAUCUACAUCAAGCCUCUCCGACAAGCCUCUCCUCCUAUCAUUACGUACCAAGAGCUGGACGGAUUCUUGGAGGACGUCUUUGGGAAUCUUCUCGACGUCCGGGAAUCUAACCGCCGGCUUUUGGAGAUCUUGAACGUCAGGCAACGCGAGCAGCCGCUUGUCAUCCAACGCAUUGGUGAUAUAUUACUUGAUGCGGCAACGGAGUUCAGACUAGUCUAUCCAGAUUAUAUUGGGAAGCUGCCCGUAGCGGAAAAGAGGCUGAAGGAUGAGUCUGAGGUGAACUCCGAGUUGAGGUUGUUCCUCGAGCAAAACCAACGUCACCCCGAAGCUCGUCGCAUGGAUUUGAAGGUACUCCUCAACCGGCCGUCAGAACAUGUCCAAAAAUACGAAUUUCUCCUUGAAGCGAUUAGCAAGGAGACGGCGCCAGAAAAUCCGGACAUCGACUACUUGCAAGAAGCUGUCCAGGCAUUCAAGAGCUUGCAGGUUGUGUGCCACCUCCAGACGUUCCAAAAUGCAAUGGGUCGGGGUCCGACGGGGAAGUAUGAGUGGCAUAAUCUUGUUUCAGACGAAGUUAGGGAAGGCAUCGUGAAGCAAGAGCAGAAGCGACAGUCGAUUCUCUUCGAAUUGAUCAAGGGCGAGAUGCAGUAUGUUCGGGACCUCGAGAACAUCGACGUCAUCUACGUUCAACCUUUGCGUGAAGCAGAGCCGCCCAUUAUCCCAAGAGACCGACUCGGAGCGUUCAUUGCUGAAGCUUUCCACAAUUUCGGGGAGCUCCACGCGCAUCAUCGACGUCUUUUGGAUCGUCUACACGAGAUUCAACGAGAGGAGCAUCCAGUCAUCAACAGCGUCACUGCAGCUAUUUUUGAUGCCGCGCUUAACUGGAGAGAGGCGUAUAUGGAAUAUGUCACGAACUACCCAAUUGCAGAAUACCGGAUCGUGGACGAAAUGAACAACAAUCCAACCUUCAAAGCGUUUGUCGAGCAAUGUACGCGCCAUCCAGACUCAAACCGACUCGACAUGAAGUCAUUUGUCAACCGUCCUAUCCCUCGUCUGGCUCGUUACGAGCUUCUGCUCAAAGGUAUCAUGGAGAGUAGUCCGGAGGGCCACGAAGAUCGCGACAGUAUCCCCCAGGUCAUCGAAGUCAUCAAGUCUUUGCUCAAGGAGACGCAGCCGGGUGUGACGUCUGCCAACCAGAAAGUCGAGCUGUGGCGCUACAAUGCGAACUUGGUCUUCAAGCCUGGUGAAUUCGUGGACAUGGAUCUCUUAGCAGAGAAUAGGUCGUUGAUCUAUACCGGAAAACUCCUUCGGCAGCCCGAUACAGGCUUUGAAUGGAGUGGCUGGAGUGAACUCUUCGUUCUUCUUUUCGACAACUACUUGGUCUUGACGAAGUCCAAGGACAAAGAUGGAGUAACAAAGUACCAUGUUCAUCGCAGGCCUAUACCCCUCGACCUUCUGACAUUGGCCAAUUUCACCGAUCCACCAACGCAACGCGGCGCUGGGCUUCUCCGAGGUUUGCGUGGUGGCGGAGGCGGUGGUCACGGCGAUUCGCCUGGUGGUCCUAUGCCUACUGGUAUGUCAGCCACAUCUCCCGAGGCGGCGCAAGACUCGCGGGUGGUUUAUCCCUGUACGCUCCAUCACAAUGCUCGGGCGGGAGGAUUAUACACCGUAUACGCGGAGUCCUCGCAGAUGCGGGCUGAGUGGAAGGAGAAACUUGAAGAGGCAAUCGGUCUACGAAAGGUCGUACAGGAGUCCAACAAGGUCUUUGAGGUGGAAACCCUCAGUGCAGAUACAUUCCUCGUACCGUCCGUGCUUGCGGCCCCAGCGAAUAACUCGUGGAACAACGAGAACUCCUUCACCGGAAAGGUUACAUGUUCCGUCCCCUUCACUACUGCUGAUGGUCGUGCACUCGUUGCUGUGGGUUGCGCCGAGGGUGUCUGGAUCGGUUUCCGGCACGAUUCAAGAUCCAUGCGUCGAGUGCUCCACCUCAAGAUGGUGUCCCAGUGUGCUAUGCUUGAGGACUUCGGUAUAUUCCUUGUCCUGGCCGACAAGUCUCUCUUUGCCUAUCACAUCGAAGCAUUGGUUCCGUCUUCACCACAAAGCGCGAGUACCACGCAGACGCCACAGAAGCUCAACGGUACCAAGGAUGUCCAUUUCUUUAGUGUCGGUAAUCUGCAUGGCCGCACGCUGGUUAUAUACAUGAAGAAGAAGAACACCGACAGCGUGUUCCGUGUUCUUGAACCCGUCGUAGGGAAGAUUCAGGAGAAGACCAAAGCCCCCGCUUCGUUAGGAUCUCGUCUCGGUUUCCGGCAGCAGCGCUCUGAAUGGUUCAGAAUCUAUCGGGACUUUUUCUUGCCAGCUGAAUCAUACGACCUCAUCUUCUUGAAAGCAAGAAUUGCCAUCCUCUGUACCAAGGGUUUCGAAAUCAUGGACCUUGCCGAUUUCAAGAGUGUCACGAUCCCUCAGCGCGACGAUCCUAGGCAUGAGAAGCUUGCAAAGCGCUGCGAGUCGUGUCGGCCGAUGGGGAUGUUCCGUUCCAAUGAAAACGAAUUCCUGCUAUGUUACGACGAGUUCGGCCUUUACGUCAAUCGUCACGGAGACCCAAGUCGUACGAAGAAUACUGUCGAAUGGGAAGGUACUGCAGAACGUGUGGCGUGGCACCCGCCAUACGUGCUCCUCUUCGAUAGUCGUUUCAUCGAGGUUCGUCACGUCGAGACUGGUCGUUUGUGUCAGAUCAUCCCCGGCAACGACAUUCGCUGUAUAUGGGACGGUCGUGGGACUUCGACACCAACGCCGUUGGUGCCAGGUCCUGGCGGGACGUGGCAAGAGGGGUCAUCGCAGGAGUCGCGAGUGCACGGUGUCAUGCGAGCAGCAGACUCAUCGCGACCUGGUCAAGCAACGGGGAAUACCCGUGCUAUUGCUCAGCAUGUCUUUGAGCUGAUACCUACUAUUCCACUAUACCUUCCCGAGAGAUUAGCAUCGCCCACGCAACAGACCAUCUUCGCUCAUGGUUCGCCUCCUCAUUCUCCUCGAUUGAGCCCCAAUAAUUCGUAUAGAUAA